GUUAUUAAAGCACUUUACGACUAUAAAUCUACUGAGAAUGAUCCUUCCUCUGGAUAUCUCAGCUUUUCGCAGGGCGAUUUCCUCCACGUCAUAGGUCGCGAAGACGAUCCAGACUGGUAUGAAGCAUGUAAUCCACUCCAACAGACAAGAGGACUUGUUCCUGUCAAAUACUUUGAGGAUGUUGGGAAGCAAGUUCGCGACAGCGCUGGCUCUACACAUUCCAUGCCUUCUCAACCAAGCGCCGGGCACGAUUCUGGAUACGCCGAGGGGCGGUCUCCUGCGAAUGCGAUCGUGCAGCCACCCGAGCAAGAUGGUAUGCGACCCAUGAGAAUGUCCAAAACUAUGGGCAAGGGCGCCGUACCAAUGUUAUACGGCGAGGUCAUCUACGAUUUCAAAGCCGAAAGACCGGACGAACUAGAUGCCAAGGCUGGCGAAUUCAUCAUCGUGAUUGCGCAGUCCAACCCGGAGUGGUUCGUUGCGAAGCCCAUUACUAGACUUGGUGGGCCUGGUUUAAUACCUGUAUCGUUCAUUCAACUCAAAGACAUGAAAGGAAACAUUCUUGGAGACCCUGCUGUCGCUGUACAAGAAGCCGGCAUACCAAGAGUUGAGGAGUGGAAAAGAAUGGCCGCAGACUACAAAAAUGGCAGCAUUCCGCUAGGAAAGCUCGAGACAAACUCGGCACAGUCGCUACAGCAAGGAAUGGAUCGCAUGAGUAUUGGCAACAAAAGCCACCGUGGCCCUGGUUCAUUCUCUCAACAAUCACAACAGCCGCCAAGAGGGAGUCCACUUGCCCCUGUAAGAGCGUGUGUGCCAGAAUAUGGCUUCUCAGAGUCAGAAGAAACAUUCUACUUCGUGGUGAAAUGCCAGAUGGAAGAGAAUGGCGCCCAUAUGAAGCUCCACCGCACAUAUCAAAAUUUUUACGAUCUUCAGAUCAACCUCAUCCAGGAAUUCCCAGUAGAAGCUGGUAAUGUGAGUGGAAUCGAGCGAUCGCUACCGUACAUGCCUGGUCCGGUUACAUACGUCACGGAAAACAUCACUCAAGGGCGACGCCCUAAUCUUGACGAGUACAUCAAGAAUCUUCUCCGAUUAGGCACGCACAUUACGCAUUCGAAUCUAGUUCGAGACUUUUUCGUUCCUCGCGGAAGGGAUGGCCCUGAUUAUGAAGUAGAUGAAAGCACCUAUAGGCUUUCUGGCGCGUCACAGCAGUCAGAUCCCUCUCACCCCGGUUCGAGGCAGUCUUCUCAAGGCAACAUUUACAGAGAUCAGUCACAGUAUUCUAACAGCGAUUAUGCCUACCAAGCAAACCAUCAGCGCGCUCAAUCGUCCAUGUCCAACCAGCAACAUUAUCGGAAUCAAUCCGAUCUCUCAGUUCCACCGCCAAUGCUACGCAACAAUAGCGCUUUAACCCAAGCGUCAGCAUCAUCAGCGAGCAGUGCAAUGCAAGUCGCACGUAUCAAAGCGCGGUUCCCUGGCGAAUUUACUACUAUCAUCCGAAUGCAGCCGCCUUUCAAUUUACAAAUGCUUCGGCGAGAGCUUCGACAAAGGCGAAUGGUCGAA